AAUUACCACGUACUUGCUCACCAAUCCUUCUAGUUCCAUCAUAUAUAUGUAGUACAUGCACGUAUAUAUAUACUCCAAACCCCCCUAAAGACCACAUACAAUUAUAAUAUGUAUAUAGGGUAAUUAGCUUCUUUGAAUUGAAUUGAAGGUAGAUUUAUGGACUCCAUUUUCAAUCUUGGAGAAACGGAAAGAUGGAGUUGGUUUCAACAAAUCAUCAACUCAUUUGGUUUGAGUUAUGUUUGCAUUUGGUCUCACUUUCUCCAUCCUUCCAAUUGUUUGAUCUAUAAGGAUGGAGUUUACAAAGACGACGAUAACCAAGCAAGCUCAUCAUCAUCAUCAUCAUCUGGGAGUACUCUUGCCAUGAGGUUUUUUCUUAAUUAUCAGAAAUCUAUGUUCUUGAUUGAUCGGUACAAUGGAGGAGUUCCAGGGUAUGCAUUCAUACAUGAUCUUCGGUACGUGGAGCGUAAAGGGUUGGAGCUUUUGAGACUGGCAUCAAAUUCAGCACAAGUACAAUUUUAUCAAGAAGCAAGGAUUAAGACUGCAAUUUUCAUGGGGUGCAAGAAUGGAGAGAUUGAGCUUGGGUUGGCCAAUGACUCCUCCCAUAUUAAUUUUGAAACGGAGUUGAGGAAGUUGUUUCCUGGCGACUUCCAACAAGAUGUGCUUCCCCAGCAACUUGGUCAAGCUCGAGAAUCAUCAUCUUCGUCGUCGUUACAAUCAUUAUCUAUGGACAACAGCGCCGAGUACUCGCCUUUUCUUUUCAACAUGAUUCAAACAACGUCUCAUAUGCCUGAAAUGAUGACUCUCAAAGGACCAAACCAGGCGACAAGAAGAUCAACGGAAGAUCGGCUUCAAGAAGCUCUAAAUCAAAUUAGAACUACGCAAUUGAUACCUUCAAGAGAGCUUGAAGAAGCUGCCAUGACAAGAGCAAUUAUUGAAGCCAUUUCUUCGCCGCACCAGCAGCCUCAAAACCAUCGAGUUGCUAGUGCAUUUCAGAGAUAUGGGUCAUCUUUAGGUCCUACAAAACAACGAAAUCAAGGUAGACAAAACCUCAUUAGAAGAUCACUUUCAUUCUUCCGAAAUCUUAGUGAGGCUCGAGCCCAACAAAAUCAAAUGAUCCAAACAACUAGACCAACAAGCAAUCAACUUCAUCACAUGAUAUCCGAGAGAAAAAGAAGAGAAAAAAUCAAUGAAAGCUUCCAAGCUUUGAGAGCACUGCUUCCCCCUGGCUCAAAGAAGGAUAAGGCAGCAGUGCUAUCAAACUCAAGGGAGUACAUAACUUCAUUAAAAUCUCAAGUUGAUGAGCUUAGCAAAAAGAACAAGAUUUUGGAAAUGUCGAAAAAAGAAGCAGUGCUGCUACUUAAUCAGGAUUGUACUGGUUCGGCGGGCGAGAGACAAAAUGUGAUCACUAUAAGGGAUGUCGGUGAAUCGACUUCAGAGUCUCGAGUGGUGGAUUUAGAAGUAGUGAAUGCAAGAGGGAAUUUGAAACUUGUGGAUUUGAUGGCUGGUGUUUUAGAGUUGGUGAAAAGAGUGGAGAAUGCGACGGUGAUAUCACUGAAUGCUGAUACGCAAACGUCGUCGACGUUAGACCAACAACCUUCUGCGAAUCGUCUUGUUUUGAGACUCCUCAUUCAGGGAGAUGAAUGGGACAAAUCAAGCCUCCAAGAAGAAGUAACGAGGCUUCUUGAUGACCUGGAACAAUGAUUUGUUGUCAUUCUUGUUUUGCCACAUGUGUUUAUUUAGUUAGUAAACAAAAUGCUAGCUAGCUUUAUAAAUAAAUUAUAAAUAGUUUUAUAAAAUUUUAUGUGCCAGUAAACACGAUAUAAAGAGAAAAACAUGAGAAAGUUUCUUUUU